AUGAAGUUGUCAAGAAAAAAAAAAACCGUUUUACAGGAUUUGGUUGACGUUAUAUUAAAAAAAAUGGAUAUAGAUCGUGACGGUAAACUUUCGUAUACGGAUUAUAAAACGAGCGUUUUAAGAAAUCCAAUGCUUUUGGAAUCUUUGGGCCCCGUUUUACCACCCAGACCCUUUGUUUUGGCAUUCCUUACGACAUUUACGACAAACUACGACAAAGCAUGA